AUGAGUGAAAAAUUAUUAUCGCAUUCAGGAGAUUCCAUUCGGAAACGUAUCGCAAACUUUCCACAAAUUUAUCCGGAUUUCAUACCAACUCCAAUAUGGGGUCGACGUAACGCUUUAAGGGAAGAAUUAGAGCGAGCUGAUAUGAUAGAAAGGCGAAUGCAACUUGAUAUACCCGAAUUUUAUGUUGGUUCGAUCGUGGCAGUUACAUUGUCUGAUCCUAAUACUAUCGAUAGAAAGAAUAGAUUUCUUGGAAUUUGCAUACGACGAGAACGUGAAGGGCUUAAACAUCAGUUUACUUUGCGCAAUGUUAUUGAUGGUUUAGGAGUGGAAAUUAUGUAUGAAAUGUAUAAUCCCACUAUUUUAAAAAUAGAAACGAUUCGUUUGGAAAAACGUCUUGAUGAUGAUCUCUCUUAUUUGAUUGAUGCUUUACCUGAGUACAGUCGUUUUGAUAUUCAUAUGGAACCAGUUGCUCAUACAAUUGGUAAACCAGUACCGAUUAAUGAGACCAAGGUACAAAUGCGAAAUCCACCUUGGUCACGACGAUGGGAAUUGUAUGAUUAUAAAGGAAUCGAUUUUUGUUGGCCUUUAGUGAAUCCGUUUUUUAAGCGAAAAUUUUAUCAGAAAACGAAGGUCACUGAUUACAGAAAAUAUGAUCUUAUCGCAGAUAAACGAGAAGCAGGAAGCGACCUUGAGACUGAAUGGCUGAUCGAGGACGAAAUGCGUGAAUACGAUAGGCAAAGGCAUAAACGAGGUGAUACGAAAAAACGAUUAUUGUAUUCGGCAGCAGAUGCUUCAAUCGUUCAUUAA